UAAUGUCAACUUGUCAAUUGCCUAGUCGUAGGUCGUAGUCGUCUCUCGUCAAACUCGAUUUAUACAUACAUAUUAUAAUUUUUAAUCAAUCUAUUUUAGCAAAUAGCGAAAAGAUGCUGUCUUCACAAUUGUUGAACGGUUUGAAAAACAGUGUCAAAACUGGAGUAUGCAGCCGGAAUAUUGGAAUCCUGGCACCGUGUUUACAGAAAGCUUCAGAUCCCAUUCAACAACUCUUCAUUGAUAAAAUUCGUGAAUACAAGCAGAAAAGCAAUAAUGGUAAAAACUUGGUUGAACCAACACCUGAACUUGAAAAGGAAUUGAAAACCGAACUGGAAAAAGUUGCAAGGCAAUAUGGAGGCGGACCUGGAGUCGAUAUGACCAAGUUCCCAUCUUUCAAAUUCCAAGAUCCAGUAAUUGAUCCUAUCAACUUGGAAAAAUAAUUUUGUAGUUAUUGUUUCAAUAAAUAGUCGUUAGAAGUGUA